AUGGAUCUAUUCAUACCGUAUUUAGUUACAACAAGCUUUAUCCAAUUGAAAACAGUGGCAAUAACUGUUGACAGAGAUUUAGAUUCAAUAUUAGACUUAUUGUUAAAUUUAACUAGUGUUCUAUCUUUAACGAAAUUGAUAAUUGUUGUUCAUUUUCCACAUUACAUAUCACCAGGCUCUGCUGCAGGACCGAUAUUGUUUUAUAAUUGUCUUCCGCAAUUAAAAACAUUCAUAUUCGAUUCCGCUUAUCAGGAGCAAAUCGUUAUAUCACCAUAUGAUACAUUACUGAUGACGACAUCGAAUAAUCUCGUUAGUUUAACAAUGAAUUUUUGUUACACCGAUGAUCUUAUCAACGUAUUGGUUUAUUGUUCAAAUUUGUCCUAUUUAAAUAUACAAGCCGGAAAAUCUACUCAGUCAGUAAUAAUUUCAAGCAACAUAUCGCUCUCUAAAUUAAAGCAUUUUAAGCUGAAGUGUCUGGAUUAUGGAUUUGGGUAUGAUAAUGUGCAAACUUUAUUGGCUAUGAUGCCCAAUUUGAAAGUAUUUGAACUUGCGGUUCAUUAUCCAUCGAAAAUAUGGACAGAGGGACAAAAAGUAAAAGAAUUGUGUGCUAAGAUUUUAUUUGUCACAUUCAAAAUCGACAUUCGUCUAUGGUCGGAUAAAAACAAGGUCGAUGAGAUAUUGUCAAGAUUUCUGGAUGACGAUUAUUGGCACCAUGUUCAGCAUUUUUAUGAAGAUGAAAAUAAUAAUAACUAUUGGCAUAUAACUGCUAAUGGAAGUUAUUAUUAA